ACCAAGCCCUCAAGACAACACUAUUGCCUCUAGAAGCUUUUUUGAUAUCCCAGACAAACAGAAGACAGAAAUGUCCCACAAACAGAGCUUCUUCAUGGAUGACCCUUUCUUUUCAAACUCUCAUUUUUUGUGGCCCAGGCACAGCAUGCCUCUUUCCACUGUCAGAGAGGACUUCCUCCACUGUAGAGCCCAGCUAAUACAGAGUCUCAGGAAUAAGAUCCGAGACAGCUUGCUGAAUGAACUCAGUGAAGACCUUCACAGAAAGUUCUUCCAGAGUCUGGAUGAUCAGCGUUCCUCCAUGUUCUCCAGACUCGUCAACACAGAGACAGAGCAGAACAAGCAGCGAGACCUGUCACUUACCGUGGACACUCAAGAUUUGACUCCAGAGGAUGUCACUGUGACACUAUCUGGGAGGAAGUUGGAGGUUAUGGCAGCAAAGCGGGCAGAGUCAGACGCUUCCUCAUCACCUAAUAGUGCCAAUCACACCAAAGACUCCCAGACACAAGCAUUUGUUCCGGCUGUGGAGAUUCCUGAUCAACUAAAUCCAGCCACCUUGACCUGCUCACUUGGAGAAGAUGGACUCCUGCAUAUUGAGUCACCGGAGUCCAAAGAUGAGUCUUCAGAGGAGUGUACCAUUCCAAUUCGCUUCAGAACAUCUCUGAAUUUCCCCAUCAACAAAGACAGCACAAACAAAAAGGAGGAUGGUGCUGAGAAAUCAGACUAGAACACAAACUGGUGGUGCAUGAUGCAAUGUACAAUUGUUUUAUUAAUCCAGUGGAUGUGCUUGCUGUAACUAAAUUCUUUGUUCUAAAAUCAUUUUAAUAAAAAAUGGGAAUUGGUAUAUGA